AUGGAUCUCACCAUCUCCAAACCACUGACACUGAACUGCGGUCUGGUCCUACCAAACCGCCUCGUCAAGGCGGCCAUGGCCGAGCAAAUGUCUAGCAAAUGCAGAAACUACCUCCCCAACGAAGCCGUCGACGCCGUCUACCAAACAUGGGCCCGCGGCGGCUGGGGCAUGGUCUUAACCGGCAACGUCCAAAUCGACGCCGACUACCUCGGCCACCCCUUCGACAUCGCCGCCCACGACUCCGACGCCGCCAUCGCCCCCAAAGUCCUCUCCACCUGGAAGCGCUGGGCACAAACCUACAACACCGCCGCCGCGGCCACCUCCUCCCCUCCGCCACUCAUCAUGCAACUCAACCACCCCGGCCGCCAAUCUCCCGUCGGCGCGGGCGCGCGCUCGCUCUGCGCGCAGAACCUAGCACCGAGUGCCAUCCCGCUCGACAUGGGCGACGGGUGGCUGGCCAAGAGCGUGGUGUCGAUGGUGUUCGGGACGCCGAAGGCGAUGGGGGAGGACGAGAUCAGCGCUGUGGUCGGGCGGUUCGCGAUGGCGGCGAGACUCGCGGCGGAAGCCGGGUUCGCGGGGGUGGAGGUGCAUGCUGCGCAUGGGUAUUUGCUUUCGACGUUCCUGACGGCGAAGAGCAACGAGCGGACGGACGGGUACGGCGGGUCGGCGCGGAACAGGGCGAGGAUAGUGGUCGAGGUGGUCGAGGCGAUACGGAAGGCCACGGAGUCGAAGAAGGGGUUUUGUGUGGGGGUGAAGCUGAAUUCGGCGGACCAUCAGACGGCCGAGGCGCUGCGGGACUCGAUCGAGCAGAUUGAGGCGAUUUCUGAGGCUGGCAUCGAUUUUCUGGAGAUCAGCGGUGGUUCGUAUGAGGAUCCGAGGAUGAUGGCCGAUGCCGGCGAAUCAGACACUCCCGACGUCAAGGUGUCCAGCCGUACAGCAGCGCGCGAGGCUUUCUUCCUUGACUUCGCAAAGUCCAUCCGCGACCAGUUUCCCUCAUUACACCUGAUGGUUACCGGUGGUUUCCGCACUCGAGCCGGCAUGGAAGCCGCAGUAGCCGACUCUGCAUGCGACCUCGUCGGCGUCGGACGGCCAGCCGUGCUGCAGCCCUCGGCACCCAGGGACAUCAUUUUCAACCGGGAACUUUCCGACCAGGAUGCGCGCUUGAGUGAGCACAAGAUUGACGUGCCGAGGCUGGCUAAGUUGAGUGGCAUCAGAGGCGUUGGUUCCGGUGCGACGAGUGCUUGGUACAGUGGUCAGAUCCAGAGGCUAGCCAAAGUGAAAUGA